AAGGGGAGGGUCGGCGGCCGGGUGCCAACAGCGCUGUGAUUGGGCGACCGGAGGUGACGCCGCUCAUGUUCAAGGCCAACCCCGAGCCGGCGUGGUCGCGGAGGCGGGAAAAGCGGACGAGCCGGUUGCCUUCUCACAGUCUUUUUCAGCAUUUCACUAGAAGUCUUACGUUCUUCACUGGUGGUGGCACUUGCGAUAACUUUAGGAGAUGGAGCUGGCAUACUGGAAUAUUCGUGGGCUCGCCCAGCCAAUUCGCCUUUUGUUGGAGUACACGGGGGAGAAAUAUGAAGACAAGAAGUUUGAGUGUGGCCCUGCCCCAGACUAUGACAAGUCAUGCUGGUUUGAUAUCAAAGAAAAACUGAAGCUGGACUUCCCCAAUCUGCCCUACCUGAUGGACGGCGACGUGGGCGUCACCCAGAGCAAUGCCAUCAUGCGCUACAUCGGCCGCAAGCACGACCUGCUCGGCAAGACGGAGCAGGAGCGUGUCCGCGUCGACAUCAUGGAGAACCAGGCGAUGGACUUCCGCAACGGCUGGGUGCGCCUCUGCUACAAUCCCAACUUUGACGACAUGAAGGAAGGCUACCUGAAGUCGGUCAAGGACGUGAUCGCCAAGUUCUCCAAGUUUCUCGGAGACAGACAGUGGUUCGCCGGAGAGAACCUGACGGUGGUCGAUUUCGUCAUGUACGAGCUGCUGGACCAGCACAAACUGCUGGAUGCCACGCUGGUUGAGGCGCACGACAACCUCACCAAGUUCAUGAAGCGCUUCGAGGAGCUGGAACCCAUCAAAGCUUACAUGGCCAGCGACCGGUUCAUGAAGGGACCGCUCAACAACAAAAUGGCCAAGUUUGGCGCCGAGUGACGGCAAUCAGUCUGGGCGGUGGGAUCGGCUAUCGGCGCGCGGGCUCAACUGACGGCACACUGGCCGCCGGACGCCUGUGCUGGCGGUCUGUGCUCAACUCUCAGUCAGAUGUGACAGUCAUGUGGAAUUUAGAUGUGAGGAAGCUGUGGCUAUUGUGUGUCGCACCUAGUUAGUGGGGAAACUGUUCGAUGGUGCCUCACUGUUAACGUAUUUCAUGUGAUUGACGGAUGCCUGAUAAUUUGCUCUCGCGCAAAGACACGUGGAUGGAAAAUAACGAUGAAUGGGAGAUGGUUGGAGAGAGGAGAAUACACUCGGUUUUUGGAGGAAGUUAACUGUCUUUUAUAUUCCAUUUAUAUUUUAUAUUACAAGCUAUUUCGGCCUUUUUCCUUGUAUAUACGGAUGGUAAAAUGGCUCUAAAGAAACGUAAAGCUAACGAUCACCAUGACGAGUAUAACGACACGAUCGAUACGAACGGAAUAGUGGAUGAUUGUUGCAAGGGAAAUAAAAGACAUGGGAAAGGAUGCGAACCUCGGUGGAUUCUGGCUUCGAGAAGAGCAUGACUUCAAAGCCUGUGAGUCGAGGGUGAGCCCGCAGCGAACGGCGGCAGCCUCGACGAACACACGCUUCUAGUUCUACAGCGGCGACGAGUGCAGCUGGGCGCCCACUCGGCCGUCCGCAGUGUCGGUGACUGGGCCUGUGGAGGUACUCGAGGAGAACCCUAUGCAGUGAGAUGGCGCUCUGUGUGCCUGUCAUCUCAGCAUGAGUGGCGUAAAUGUGACAACGGAUUUCUGUCCGGCAAGAAGUUUUGUGGAAGCCUUCGAAGGAGCUUGGAAGAUUAUCUCGUGGUGAUGUGCCAGAUUCUUCAGUGGUGCGGUUAGAUGCCGAAGAACAGAUGGGGAAGACGGUGCAGAUCCAGGGUUAAUUAAUUAUCCAACGGUGCCUGAGUAUGUCCGAUGGUGACAGAAGCCAGGCAGAGCUCCAGAUUUGGAUCGUCAGUGGUGACUGCCAUGCGACGACUCCUUGGCAUAUUGGUGACGUUCGAGGCCGCAGCGACUUUGGAAGUCAGGGGGUGGUGUUUAGGUGCAGUAGAGGAUGUUCGGCACCGCAGAGUGAGUGACCCUUGAAGGUCAGGGGGUGGUGUUCGAUGGUGCCUCACUGUUAACGUAUUUCAUGUGAUUGACGGAUGCCUGAUAAUUUGCUCUCGCGCAAAGACACGUGGAUGGAAAAUAACGAUGAAUGGGAGAUGGUUGGAGAGAGGAGAAUACACUCGGUUUUUGGAGGAAGUUAACUGUCUUUUAUAUUCCAUUUAUAUUUUAUAUUACAGAAACAUAGAUCUGCCGUUUGUCUCGAGACGAAUAAUCGUCGCUAGUGCCAAGAAUGCUACACUCUUUGUGUAUGCAGUUUGUUUCGAACCGUUUUAGCUGUGAUUUACUCCUUUGGCAAAUAUAUUUUUGUUUAUUUCGUUA